AUGCAGUGGGGCUUGAAGAGUGCACGUGGGCAGGCCCACACCCUGGAGAGCAUAGGUCCCGCCAUUGAAUGUAUCCGCACCCACUUCCCUGUGCAAGGUUCCCAUGACAUGAAAAAGACUCUAUUACAAGAAGAGAAGAUCAUGGUACCACGCUACUACUGGACUGCGGGUGUCAACAAUCUAUGGUCAUUUGACCAACACGACAAAUGGCGACGGUUCCAAUUGUUCCUACACGUUGGGCUGGAGCCAUUCUCGGGGCAGGUUUUAUGGCUCAAGGUCUGGUGGACCAACCGCAAUCCCCGCUUGAUAUGCGGUUGGUAUUGUGACACUGUCGCAAAACUUGGCGGCAUGCCAUUGGUGACCCAAAGUGACCCCAGAUCCGAAAACAAUGGCAUUUUUAAAGGGUCGCACCGCAAUAUCAAGCCCAAAAUUUUCUGGAACCAGUUGCGUAGGCGAUGGUCUCCUGGUUUUGAACGCCUCCUCGACUAUGGGCUGAAUGAAGGUUUAUACAAUCCAGAUGACCCUUUGCAAAGGCUGACAUUUCACUACAUUUUCAUCCCUUGGCUGCAAGAUGAACUCGAUCUUUUUGUGGACAGAUUCAACCAUACCCUCCCUAGGCACAACCGCAACAAGAUCCUGCCCCAUGGACGCCCUGCCGACAUUUUUGAACAGCCAGAAAACUUCGAAUCUCAAGAUUUCUCUAUAUUACAUUUACCAUCACUUAACGAAGUCAGAAAUAUGUAUGCUUCUCCUGAUCACCCUGUCUUUGAACUCGUUCCCCCCGCUUUUGCGCAGCAAGCUUCAGCUUUUAUCUCUAAACGUCGAACUUCAACAGGCGUUAUGGACCAACAAGCGUUGCCAGAUGAAGGAUUCGUGGGGUCUGAGUUCAUGCCUCUCAUGGACCUUCCAGUCUAUAGGCCGCCAACGUACACAAGAGGCAGUUCAAGCGCAAACAAAUUCUCCUCUAAUGACGACGAAAGUGACUACAUGCAUGAAUGGACUGAUUCAGAUGGCAAUGGAUCUGGGCAGGCAGAUGUGGACAAUGGGGCCCAGGCAUGA